AUGAGCACAGGAACGUGUUGUCUUGAGCCUUCUCCUUUCUUUCAUCAUGCUGAACGUGUUCUAGUACAUACUGAUACUCGUCCCAUUAUUGUGUCGGGUCACUCUGGCGUUGGCAAGGGUACUCUGAUCCAAAGGCUGAAGGAUAAUCAUCCGACCGUCUUUUCUUCGGCUGUCUCGCACACAACACGCCAGCCGCGACCUGGCGAGGCUGAGGGAGUCGCCUACUUUUUUCGCUCCCCGCCCGAGAUUCACACUAUGAUAAUGCGGAAAGAGUUCGUCGAACACACCUAUUUCAACGGCAACUACUAUGGCACGAGCAAGAAAGUCAUGGCUACACUGAUGAAGGAGGGGCUGACUCCCAUAUUGGACAUUGAGAUGGAAGGCGUCAAGGCGAUGAGAUCUUCAGGCUUGGAAGCUCGCUAUGUCUUCCUCAAGCCCCCGAGUCUCGAGAUACUCGAAGUCAGACUUCGGGCCCGCGGAAUAGAAGAUGAGGCAAACAUCUCGCAGCGUUUAGCACAAGCCAAGCUCGAGCUUGAGCUUGCAGAGACUGGAGUGCACGAUAUUAUCAUCGUCAACGAUGAUCUUGAUGAAGCGUAUCGACAGCUGGAGGACUUUGCUAUUCAUGCUUCAAAGAAACGCAAAGCAGGUAGCAUGUGCUGA